CCAGCCCUGCUCCUUCCUCAUAUGCCGCCCAUGAGUGUGCUGCUGAAAACUCCACUCCGUCUCGCCAAAGACCCGACCGUGCACGAAACUGGGAAAGGGGGAGAUAGGAAAGAAACACAGCUAAAGGAUGGGAGAGAAAAAUUCUACUUGGACCCGCUGGUUAGAUGAAUUUGUGUUUGUUCCUCCUUGGAAGAUUGGUAGGAGUCAGCGGCAGAGUCUGGCCAGCAGGGGCAAUGGUCCCUGGGUGGGCGCCGGGCCCUCAAGGUCACUCCUACCUCACCACGGGGUCUGCGGAGGCCAAGAUAGAGCCUCCGUGAUCCCCAUCGGUGCAUCAGAGGGAGGCAGUCACUGGCCUCAACAUGUCAGAUUUCUUCCCUGGGAUUUACAACCCUCUCAUUUCUUGUUUUUCUUAAUAAAAGUUCACCAUCUCUGGGCCAGGGAUUUAGCUCAGUGGUUCCGCCACCUGCCUCACAAGUGCGGGACCAGAGUUCGAUCCCCGGUACCAAAAAAAAAAAAUAUUCACCAUCUCCUUGGCAAUAAUUUUGAAACACCAUAGUUUUCAAGGCAAUCUGAAAAUACUGGCUCUUUUGUUUGAACAGCCAUCAGAGAUAUGUGGUCAGUAAUUCUCUCUCUCUCACGCACACACACACACACACACUCAUUUACAACUUCUGCUGACACCCCCAGUCCCCCUGAGAAGGGUGGCUGGGAAUUAACUGUGUGUCGCACAGUUACUACAUGCUGACACCCCAGGGGAAGGGUCCCCUGCUCAGGGUGCGCCUGGCAUCCUGAAGCCACAGCCAUGGAGCAGUGACUACCACCGUCCUUUCUGGUUGGCUCUCCAGGUGGUUAGCAAUAUGACGCCUCUUUCCUGUCUCGCGAGCGUGCCUGUCAGAUGGACCAGCAGCAGGAAUGAUGCUUUGGGAAACAGACAGGAAUGAGGGCUCCCUGGGCCCUGGCCCCAUCCUGAGAAUUAAACCGAGAUUCUGACGCACACCUUCGGCAAACCCAAGUCUGGAGAGGGACCGACAGCAGACAUGGGGCAUCCGGAGCCCUUGUUCCUGUGUGGGCAGGGGAGGUGGCCGGCCCCUCUGCACUCACUCCGAUUCCGCCCAGGUGAGCAAGCUCCUGCCCAGGGUCCGGGCCUCACCGCCCCCCAAGAGGGGAUUGGUCUGCGAGCACUGCUGGGACAAAGCACCGCCGACCGGGUGGCGGAAACAACAGAAGUUUAUGCCUCACAGUCCUGGAAGCUCCAGGUCUGGGGCCCGCGUGUGGCUGACUGGUUCCCCAAGCCCACAAUGCAGCCUCUGUGCCGUGUCUCUCUGAGGGUGUCUGGCGGCUUGCGGUGAUCUUUAGCAUUCUUAGCUUACCAAAGUGUCACCAGCAUCUCCACCUUCGUCCUCAAGCGCUGUGCUCCCGUGUGUCUGUCCAAAUGCUACCAUUUCACAUGACCCGACUUACUCUGCUAGAGGUGCGUGAUAGCCUCAUCUGAACUGAACUAAUUACACCCACGAUGGCCCUGGAUCUGAACAAGGCCGCCUUCUAGAGGCCUAACGUGCUUGGGGUUAGGACUCUAGCAGAUGCACAUCGAAGGGCCACUCUCAGCCCAGGACAGGAGAGGGUGGCCUCCCCUCCCUGCAGCCUGGCCGCCCUGCCUCCUGGGGAUGCCAAUGUCUGGGUGUAAAGGCAAAAAAUCACUAGAUUUGCAGUCCAAUCCUCCAGCCUUCCAGAACGGGGUGGCUCUCUUCCUGGGAGUACGAGCCCAAAUGUCUCUUGUUCCCCUCCAAGUCACACUGAACACAGACCCUUCUGCGAAGCACCUGAGAUGCCAUGCGGAUCCAGCUGGCUGCUGCCAGUGAGUGCUGCCGGCCGGCUGCCCUGCUCCGCAUUCUCCGGUGCCACCCACUGAGCUCUGUGGCCCCUCCCUGGUGGAAGUGGCAGGUCCACACACUCGAGCCACACUGAACCUUCUCGGUACCACGGCUGCUGUGCAUGGCUGAUGGGGAUGAGGUGAAGGGGUCGGGAGAGGCUCUGUCCUCCUCCAGUGUGGUGAAACACUCCCGGAGCAUGCUGGCCACGCCCUCCCGCUUUACAGGGCAUCUUAGUCACUUUCUCCUCACUGGGACACAACACCCCACACACACCCUGAAGGAGGAGAGAGGCUCGUCUUGGUCUGUUAUCUGUCCCCGGUCAGCAGGCUCCACGGCACCACAGCAUGGUGGAAGGGGCUGGCAGAGGACGCUGCUCCUGCCGUGGCAUCCAGGGUGAGGGGAGGGCCUGGGGUUCCUUCCAGCCACUACCCCCAUGACCUGCCUCUUCCACUUCUAACAAGGCCCCCUCCUAACAAACAUUCAGCUCACCAGGGAAUAGCCUGCUCAUGACCACAGGGCCCCGUUACCAAGUGGCAGCCCAGGGGCCCCACUUCUGAACACAUGAGCCUUCUGGGGACUCUAGACCUAAACGGUAACUCAGGGCUCUGAAACAAACUCCUCUUUGUAGUGAGAAUCACUUCCUCGCGGGGCUCACAUGUCAGCGGUAAGCCAAAGGUGACUUCGAGCAAUAGCCCACCCACACGCCUGCCCUCUCGCCAGUGGCUCAGUGUCCUCCCAGGCUCGGGCUCGCCUGCUCUCGUAGGCUGCCCUGCAUGCCAGUUUCCGGUUCACCCGAACUCCAGUGGUUGUAUCUGCACCCCAUCAGGGAACACAGGGAGAUUCUCCCCCAGGAUCUACUCAGCCUGCACAGAAGUAACUUCCGGAAGGUCCACCUCCCCCAUUUCCGAGAUGAGCUCCAAUACGGUCAGGUCUUCUCACAGCCAGCAUGUGUUAAUCCAUGCAAUGCAGUCAGUCAUACCCUAUAAACUAAAGCAACACAGACAAAUGUGACAUCAACUCAGUCCCUCCCAUUAGAGAAGCUGCAGUUAGCUGAGAAGACAGUUGUAAAAAAAGAUACUUUCAAUACAAAGUCAUAGAGUGAGCGACAGAGACACAGUAAUGGAGCCUGGGGCUGUGAGGCUGCCCUUGUCCAGGUCAGAGGAGGAUUUCUACAGCUAGGCGUCAGGGGGACCUGCAGGUGCUAGCAGGCCACGGGGAGGUUUCAAAUGAGAGCAGUGCACUCACAUGUCCAUCCCGCGUACACCACCCUAGCAGGGCAUACACACAGGGUGGGAGAGGGACAGAACUGGAGGAGCCAGGCCCAACUCAGAGGCUGACACGGUAACCCAGUCAAUCCGCGAGCAAUGUGGAAGGGGCAGUCAAAACACGGCCAGCAACUGAAAUCAGCAAGACUUCGAAAUGCCUUCACUGUGGAAGCGUUAGGGAGACCAGGCAGCCUCAAGUCCGGGAGGAGAUGGUGACAGCAAAGUGAGGAGACACGGGCACUUCCUCAUCCGGCUCCACCUCCACCCAGGGUGAGUCUCGCCGGAGGGCUCUGCACCUGAAUCCUCCAAGCCCAUCCGCGAAGCACCUGCCAGCCUCCCUUCCUGAAUACCGAAAUGCAUCUUUAAUCACUAGCAAUUACUACUAAAUUACUGGCUGCUAUACGAUAGGCAGGUAAAGCCACAGUGUCCUCGAAGGGCUCAACAUAUAGUGAAAUACAUUAGUAACUGAAAUAUCGAAUGCAGUGUAAGUACAGACAAGGCAUUGCCCAGUGCUGUGGAGAAGGUACAUUACUUUAUAUGGAGGAUUUCGCAGAGGAAUGAGAUGUGAGCUGAUCUGGGAGCAUAGCUAGCAAUCCUGCAAACAACACUCGGGGGGAGAAAAUGGCCCAAUCAGACACAUGGCAGGGAAAUCUCAGAACCCUGGCUUCACUGAGACCCUGGCCCCAGCCUGUGCUCCCCGGGCUGGGAGGCCCCUCAGCAGCUGCCGGAACCGAGAAUUAUGAUGCUUUUUGGGGCACCACAGCCACCCCCAUCAGCACCCCCUCUGGACAUUGAGCUGCCCUGGCUCUCAGCCUCUGUUGGGUGACAGGGUCUGCUAAGACCGACCUGACCUCACAGACCAAUGUCCCAGUGACUGGCCUGCUCCCGCGUCACAGCCAGCACUCCCGGCACUUCCUGGGGCUGUAAAAGGAACAGGGUCUCCCUUCUGCACCCUUUCCACCAGUCCCGAAAUCUGCUUUCCAUGCCCGGUCCAGAAGCAGACAGAAGUCUCUCCCUCUCCUGCUCCCCCAGCACGGCCUGCAGGCCUAGCACUCUCACGUGGGGCUAACUCAGUGGCCUGACUUGGGUCCUCUGGGCCCCAAGAUCGAUCAGUACUCUCCAGUGCCUCUGAACUGCCAGCCCCAGACACCUGCAGAAACAGAAGCCCCAGCUCUUGGCAGUCCUUUGGGCUCCUUGCUUCCCCCAGGGUUUUGCCACACUUGACCAGAGCCCUCUCUGCUUCCUCCCACCUGUUGGCGGAGGUGGACAGCCGUGAGCUGAGUCCCAAACAAUGCAGCUGCACGAGAAGCAGGCGCCAGGCAGCUCCCUGUCCUCCAGUGCAUGGUGAAGGUGCCAGAGCUCGCCUUGAACCUGGAGAGCCCGUUGAGCCGUUGCCGUGCCCUGCAGAGACAAGCCAGGCCCUUGUUCCGAGCCCACAGACCUUGCCCUGGCGCCAUGGAGCCCACAGCCCCCUCAGGCCUUUGACUCCAUCUCCCAAGGUCAAACUUGGAGUGCAGACUGAGCACGCUCAGACCACAGAUCUGCUGUCAAAAUCAAGCAGUUGCUUCCUUCCUUCUCUACUUAUCGGCAGCUCUAUGCUGCGAUGUUCCAUGCCGGGACAAUGGCAGGGAGAGAUCACGUGGGGCUGAUGCCGCCACUGCCCCCCGAGGCCUGGGAAGGUGGGUGAGGGGGGCAGGCAAGAAGCAGGGCUCACCCACCCGGCUACGGGGUCAAGGGGGAGGACGCUCAGGAGAAGGGCAGUGCUGCCCAGCGCUCCCCAAGGCCCCCAAGGGCAGCGUCCCCAGAAGGCCGUGCCGGGGUCCAGUCGUGCAAGAAACCCUCACAGACAAGUUUGUGUUUCACUGCCCCUACACACACACACACACACACACACACACACACACACGGCUCCUGUCUGGCACGCCUUGGACUUCCUGGAUGAUUAGAGGAAGCAGGAGCUCAGGACUCGCCGCCUCCCCGCUCCUCUUCUGGAAGACCUGUCUCCGGAGAGCGACCUGUCAGCGGCACACGGCGGGGCACGAGAGAUCCGACUGUGCGUGACGACUCACAGAAGUGUGCGCACACACACCCACCUCCACCCGCUCCCUGGGCCGCUCACUGGCUGCAUUGAUCUCCGCAGUGUCCCAAGUUGAGUCUUGUCCCUAAAGGGCCCUUCCCAGGGGGCCAUCGUUUUCCAAGCACGUCAUAUACAUCACCCCUUGUAAUUCUUCUGACCUCGCUGUUGGAGGAAGCUUUCCCUUGUACCCAUUUCAAGCCCAAGAACUGUCAAGAAAACCACCAAGGAUCUCGCUGCUACCAACGGCACCCACAAUUCAGCCCCAAGUCUGCAUCUGUUGCCUGACUCUUAAAACCUUCACUACAACAACGAGGGGCAGGCACACGAGUCAGGACUGUGGGUCCACUUGGGGACAACCCUUUGCAGAGAGCCUGCCCCUGCCCCUGCCCCUGCCCCCUCCGUGUUGGGCACAGCAGGGUCGAGAAGAUGGUCAGGACCGUGCUGGGGCCCCUUCGAGUCAGGUCACGGGCAGGGAGGGCUCUGGAAUCACCCCCGCAGGUUUCUAGGGGGCAUCGGUCGGUCCUGGGAGUAUCUGCUCUGAGGUCCCCUCCCGAGGGAGCCCGGGAAAAAGAGAGGGAGGGAGAGAGGAGUGACACAGCCAUGCCUGGCCCUGCCUCUCCCAUGAAUGGACACCUGGCGCCUCCUUAAUGGUUCUUAAAAUAGUAAAGAAAAGGAGCGGCAGACAGAGAACAGUGAGGCGGGCAGAGGACUGCAGGAAGUGGUCUGCUCCCCAUCAGCCUCAGGCCUGUCACCAGGCAGGACGCUGCCACUAGGGGGAAGUGGCAGCUCACUUUUAGGAUCGAGGAGCCCAGCAUCCCCCCUUCUCCCGGAGAUGCCAAGCACAAUCCCACAAUGAGCAGUCAGGCAGCCCUGGAGCUGGGCAGUCACGAGACUCCAGCAGGGGACAACUUUACUCGGAUGUUUUGGUACAAACCCUUCUGUUUCGUUUGACCCUGUCGAUAGACUCGGGGAGUGGACUGAGCUCGUUAGCCCAGUUUGACAGAUGAGAAAGGUCCCCAAGAUUUAGACGCAUAGCAGGUGCCCAGCUAAUAGCGGUGCUACAGAACACUAGCGGGGGGCCCGGGCCCGGGCCUCGUUCAGGCUGCGGGAGACACCAUGCCACGGGCGCAGCUCCUCACUGCGGACCCGGUAUCGUCUUCCAUCCCCUCAUUACUUGCUUAUUCCCUACAAGAUUGAGAAGACAUGGAAAAAGGAGUCUAAAACCAAACUGUUCAAUCGAAUGCUUUGUAGUCACCAAGACAGUCAGAAUAAGGCAAGUAACUCUCACGACCACUCGCUGCCCUAGACGCCCUCCUGCUGGCUUUUCAAGGUCACACGUGUGACCUUGGAGGGUCGCUGCUAGCUCUGGCUGGAAACCACGUGCAGAGCAGGAGGACGCUGCGGCUCUGCGGUGCACUGGAAGUGGUUCCCACGCAGGAAGUGGCAGCGAGGUCAGAGGCAAAAACCGAAUGCCGCGGGUGACGGAGUUUACCCUGCACCAGCGAGCACCAAGGCUGGGGCCCGGUGAGAAGGGGCCCGGUGAGAAAGGGCCUUCGGGCGACAGGGGUGACGCGGAGCUCUACACAGACACAGGGAGCACAGCAGGGGAUGGAGCGCAGGAGCCCGGCCUGGCAGAUCACCUGCCGGCUCCAAGGCCGAGGGCCUGGACAGGACGUCUCGGAAGGGCAUGGAGGCUCGGGGGCUCGGGAAGGGGAGGAGACCGGAAGUCCAGGCGGGAAAGCUGGCGCCUCCCUCCCCGGGAGCAGCUGGAGAAGCGAGCCCAGCUCUGCCGGUCUCUGAAGGAGUGGGACCUGCGACGCAACCCCGGCGAAGUGGGCAGCAGCCUGGCGGAAGCCCGCGGUCCUCGCGCAUGGCGCCCUCCUGCUCCCGAGGCCCAGGCCCCGGCCCUGGGCCCCGCUGCCUUCCCUCUCCAGGCCCGGGGGGAGCAGGCUUCCCGCCGAGCGCAGACCUGUGGAGGUGAGGAAGUCCAGUCCCGGGAGCUGUCAUGGGGGAGCCCUGACGGGACCCCCAAGUUCCAGCGCAGCGAGGCUGCUCAGAGGGGUCAUCAUGUCUCAUCACUGGUUGUCCAAAUAGUGCAACCUGGAGAUCUAAUUAAGUGUAAAAGACAGUUCAGGACCAAAGUGAGCUCAAGUGUCCCCAGCCCCAGACUCUGCGGUGACUCUGCAGGUCUCUGCUUCCCUCUGAGUUCAGCUCAGAGCCUCAUCCGGGCUGCGGACUCCCUGCCAUCCCGCCUUGUCUCCCACCACCCUGCAAAGUGGCUCCGCAUUUCCAGUGCAGGCUCCAUUCACUCCAACCUCUGCUUUUCCUAAUCCCACCCCAGCCUCCCCUUCACCUCCCAACUCUGGGCCCCCUCUUCCUUACGCCCCAGCACUGAGUCUGGUUUUUCUGCAGCCCUGCCUGACGUCUCCAGCUGGCCGCAGCCCGUGGCCCCGUCUCUGAGGCAGCAGGGGCUAACAGCCCUGGGGCGGGUCGCUGAGGCCUGGACGCCUGCUGCUGUUUCCCAUGUUUUAGUCUUGCUCUCUUUGGAGCAUGUGGUUGAUGUUUUAAUAAAUAGCCGGUUGAAUGGU